AAGAAGAAACAUUAUGUUUUAUAUAUCGCAUGAACAAUCAAAAUAAACAGUUGACAUAUCAAAUUCAUGUCGGCUCCAUUAAAUAAUACUGUAUCGAGUGAAUUCCUUUUUUUGGCACAAAAAGAAAAAUGACUGAACCCAAUUCAGAUGAGGGUGACACAAACGAAGAAUUAGUACGGUGCGACCCGUGUUUGUUAUCGGAAAAGAAGACAGAAGCCUCACGGUUCUGUAUAGAAUGUGAAGAACAUCUUUGUGACCACUGCACAAAGCAACAUAGUUCUAGAAAAGCUACACAGACACAUAAACCGAUAUCAGUCGAUGAAAAGAAAAAAAUACUUUCUAAACAAUGUGAUACAUGUGAAGGUGAAGAAGCAAGCAGGUAUUGUCAAGAGUGUGACGAAUACUUAUGCUCCUCUUGUUUGUCGAUUCAUGGAAAGAGAAAGGCAACUAAGAGUCAUAAACCAGUUCAAGUAGAUUAUAAGAACUUUUCCGCACAUUUGACUGAAUCAAAGAACUGCGAAGUAUGUGCCUUAAAUGGCAAAUCUGACAUUGCAUUCAAUUAUUGUAAAAAGUGCGAGGAAUUUCUGUGUACAAAAUGUACCGACUUACAUAAAAAAAGCAAGGCUACGAAAUCCCAUUCUCCGGUUUCAAUUGCGGAUUUAGCUAUCCAUGCGAAACAGAGCGAAUUCCAUUUAUGUGAGCCAUGCAGCCGUUCAGAUACAGAAAAUGAAGCAGUGAAGUUCUGCAACAUAUGCAAAGAGUUUUAUUGUGGAUCUUGCUCCAAGGCACACGAGUUACAAAAAAUAACAAGUUCGCAUUGUCUACAGGACGCGAAAGAUAUUGAGACGCAGACUGUCUAUUGCGAUAUGUGCCUUAAAGUAAACGAAAAGAAUAUAGCAAAACUCCUUUGCCAAAUAUGUUGCGAAAAAUUAUGUGAUAAAUGUGUAUCUGUGCAUAAAAACAUGAAAGCUACAAGCAAACAUUUGCUCAUUGACAUAGCUGCGGAAAAUUCUGACAAAAGCGAAGUUUAUAUGUGUGAGCCUUGCAAAGGCAGAAAUAUUUCAACUGCUGCCGCACAUCAUUGUAAAGACUGUAGUCUAUAUAUUUGCAAUGAGUGCCAAGUAAAGCAUGUAAGUCAAAAGGCCUUUCGAACACAUAAGAUUGUCGACGCAUCAAUGGUAAUAGUAGCACAAUGUGAUCCUUGCAACAUCAAUAAUGACAUAAGGCGUGCAGAACGAUUUUGCGUACAAUGUUCGGAAAAAUUUUGCAAGGAAUGUAUGUACAUGCAUAAAAUGAAUGAGGUAACAAAAACACACCAAUUAAUUGAUGUAAAUGAGGCAACACAGUCAAACAUGACAAAUACACAUACCGUCGAGGAAUGCGAUCCCUGUAGGUCUCGAGGAAUGUCUGUUGAUGCAAUAAAAUUCUGCGGCCAGUGCACCGAGUAUCUGUGUCAGGGAUGUUGCCAGUAUCAUAAGCGUAAUAAAGUGUUUUCGAGUCAUGAAUUAAAAGAUAUAAACCAAAUUGAAUAUGAAUGCUACUGCGGUCCAUGCAUGUCUGCGGAUAAAACAGAAUUAAAUGUUGUUUCAUUCUGCUCGGAAUGUGAAGAGUUUUUAUGUGAAGAAUGCAAAAAACGACACAAAGGUACGAAGAUGUCUAGAAAUCAUACCCUGGUAAGGAAAGAAGAGGGUCAGUUGAAAACUACAGAAACAGACGUAUUACUUUGUGGCCCAUGCAGAUAUCUAGAUAAAUCAAAGAAAGCCAAUGCAUUUUGCAAACAGUGCCACGAAUUAUUGUGCAUUUUAUGCUGCAAGCAACACAAGGCUCUAAAGCAAACACGAGAUCACCAGAUUUCGGAAGAGCUAUCAAAAUAUAUGUCUACUGAAGAACAAACUCUGAUCUCAGACAAGGACAUACUUCCAGAAAUACCUCCCGAGCCUGUACCAGUAGAGAAGCAGGAUGUUCCGGGAAAGCCCAAUUGUACUGAUGCAAUGGCUGAUUCAGUUACACUGACAUGGGAUAUGCCAAAGGAUUACGGCGAGCACGACUAUUUCCAGAUAAGUUUUAAAGAAGUUGACAAAACGAAGUGGGCCUUUUUCCCUAAAGAAUGCGAGAGAGCUAACGCAGUAGUCAAUUCACUUAAACCGGACACAAAGUAUAUUUUUCGAGUGAGAGUUGUCCAUCCUGAUGGUGAAGGCAAAUACAGCAAAGAUAGCGAUGUAAUCAAAACUAUCGUUUCCCCAGCAGCAAAAUUAGUUGAUUUCUCAACAGUGAUACAGCCCGGAAAACCAUCACCCACCGUUUAUGGUAUACCGAUUUCGGAAAUUGCAAACACCAGAAAUGUGAUUGCCAAAACUAGAAAAUUUGAAGUUGGUAAAAGACGCAAUAAUGUAACCAAGGAGAAAACUAUCAUGGUCGUCGGUGCAACAGGAACUGGUAAAAGCACACUUGUAGACGGUAUGGUUAACUAUCUUCUUGGAGUGAACUGGGUAGACCAAUUCCGAUUUAGCAUAAUAGACUUGGAAGCGGAGGAGAAAGCUCGAAAAGGCAAUCAGGCCGAAUCCCAAACCGAAUGGAUCACGGUUUAUACUAUACACCCAGAACCAGGCGGUAGACUAGAUUUUCGGCUAAGUAUUAUUGAUACCCCGGGCUUCGGAGACACUCGAGGUUUGGAUAGAGAUAACCAAAUUGUUGAACAAAUUCGUUCACUCUUCACGGAGGGAGGAACAAGGGGCGUCACGUUUAUUGAUGCUAUCUGUUUUCUUAUUAAAGCUCCCGAUGCAAGACUAACAGCAAUUCAACGUUACAUCUUUCAGUCUAUUAUGGCACUGUUUGGUAAAGACGUUGAAAAGAAUAUAUGCUCUCUCAUAACAUUUGCAGACGGAAUCGAUCCGCCAGUGUUAGCUGCGUUAAAAGCAUCACAGUUACCGUUUGGGAAAUAUUUUACUUUCAAUAAUUCUGGUCUAUUCACAAGAAAUACAAACCUUGAGAGUUCUAAUCUGUCUCCGAUGUUCUGGGAUAUGGGUAUAAAAAGUUUCGACGCAUUUUUUUGUCACAUAGAGAAAAUGGAGACCAAAAGUUUGAAACAGACGAAAGAUGUUUUAGAUGAAAGGAAAACCCUUGAGACCACUGUUCAAAACCUGCAACCACAAGUUGAUGCUGGACUAGCAAAACUAAAUCAGUUGAGUGACGAGAUUCGUAUUAUAUCUCAACAUAAAACGGAUGCUGACGCAAAUAAGAACUUUGAAUAUGAAGUUACAGAAAUCGAACAGAAAAAACACAAUCUUCCAAAAGGACAGCAUACAACCAACUGUUUACAUUGCAAUUUUACUUGUCAUAGAAGAUGUGCAUUUGCAAACGAUAGCGAUAAAGAAAGAUGUUCUGCAAUGAGAAAUGGAUAUUGUACUCAGUGUAGUGACAAAUGCCAUUGGCAAAUGCAUGCGAAUACGCCAUACAUAUUUGAAUAUGUGUCCGUAAAAAAGAAGAAGACGUACGCAGAGAAACUGAAGAAAUAUCAAGAUGCCGAAGGUAAACGCUUAAGCCGCGAGCAAGUUGUUGAGAGAAUGAAAAAUGAGUUAGGCCAGCUACAACAAUGCAUAGAGGCAUUAAUGGAAACUGUCAGAAGAAGCAACGAAAGACUUAGUGCAAUUGCUCUCAGUCCGAAUCCACUUUCAAUGGUCGAUCAUAUUGAAUUAAUGAUCAAGUCAGAGGAUUUAGAGAAGAAACCUGGAUAUCCGCAAAGAAUACAAAUGCUAGAAAAAAUGAAGCAAAGAGCUUUAACAACAAGCAGGGCUCAAAAACUAACGCAGGCAAUUGGACAACGUGGUCAAAAUUUGAAGAGUGCUAGCGGCGACCAAAAUUGGCUGAAAAAGCUGACGUCGUUGUUUCAAUGAAGGAAAGGAUAAAAGCAGCAGUCUCGCAUUUGCCAAACAUGAUUCAUCUAGUUUCGAAUUACUAUAUUUUGAUUUAGGUUAAAUAUGUUAUAUCAAUGGUAUGUGAUUUCUGAUAUAUUUGUUUAUAACUGUACUCAUUUGUUUUACCAACACAUUUGUUUAAGUCUGUAAUCUUUUCCAUACUUUCACUGUCAAAGGAAUAACGUUUUAUGUUAUAUUAACAUAGUUCAUAAUAAUCAUUUUUGCAAUAUCUUUUCUGAUUAUAUUUAAGUUAAAAUAUGCAAUUUUAAGUUGCCUCCAGAUCAGAGUAAUGAUUGUUAAGUGUAUAGAAAUUGGUAGAUGUAAUAUAUUCUAUGUACGGAAUUAAUGUAUAGCCUUUGAACGCCAUUUUUAAAAAUCGCGUGUGUGUGCAAAUAUAGAAUUACUACACACUAAUCACAAAAAUCAGUGUAAAUUUUAAUCAGAGAAAAAAAAUGAUUGUUAAGUGUAUAGAAAUUGGUAGAUGUAAUAUAUUCUAUGUACGGAAUUAAUAUAUAGCCUUUGAACGCCAUUUUUAAAAAUCGCGUGUGUGUGCAAAUAUAGAAUUACUACACACUAAUCACAAAAAUCAAUGUAAAUUUUAAUCAGAGAAAAAAACUAUUGCAAAAUACACUAGAUAAGUCCUGCAUAAAGUGUACAUAUAACAUUUGGUGUUGUAUAAAGUUUAAUAUACACAAUAUAAUAUAUAUUAUAUAUUACAGAGUUUUUAACAAUAACCACACACUAUAGAAUAUGUACGGAUUUUGCGUUUAAAAUGUGUUGCACUUGCUAAUUGCUAAUAUUCCACUUGUAGCAAAAUGGUAUCAUUUACGUUGCUCUACGUUAGUUUUUCUUUUACUUAUUAUGUUGAAAGUGUGGUGUUAUAUUUCAGGUUAAGGUGAAACCAGUGUGUGUGUGUACUUGAUGCUUAGUAAUAAAUUCAUUUGUCCAUAAAUACUUUCGCUAUUUUUUGGUGACAAAAUAAAUUAAUAGUUAUAAAUUCUUUACUCAUUUUAAAAUCAGACAUAUAAUCAUGUAUAUAUAUUGUAUAUUUAAUCAGAUAAAACUACAAAAUAAAUUUUGACUAAGACCACUGAUAUAGCAAUUCAAACCUUGGAUAAUUCUUAUAUUAUUAUUUUUGCAUUUAUAAGCACCUUUAUGAGAGUAAUUCAUAUUCCUUGUAUAUUUCACGAUACGGUCGCAUACCCCAUGUGGUCUUUGAUAAGCAGAAUAUAGCUGGGAUUUGUACAGUUUUCUACAAUGAUUACUAGUAUAUAAUUUGUCGUGUAAAAUGUCUUUGCAAUAUAGCGCUUUGUAAAUACGCUUUACAUUUUAUUGGAAACACAUAUCUUUAUCAUAAUAAUGAAAUAUUUUUAACUUACAAAAACCUUUCAUUUGUCAGUAAUUCUAAAUAAAAAGUAAAACUAAACUGAAUUUGAGAAGUAUAUUAAAAUAGUAGUAUAUUUCUAUUGGGAAAGUCGAGUGGUACAAUUUUUGGGCGAAAUAAACGAUCUUUUUUAUGAAUUUUGUACAUUUUAAAGACGUAUCAUAUAAAUAAAUGUAUUGCAAUAUAUAUCAAGAGGCAUACCGCCUAAAGUAGCAUUUACGCAUUCAUUUUACCUUUUAGGGAAUUUGUUUUCUUAAAAAACGGUGUAUUGAACACAUAUAUGCUUUGAUUAAAUCUUUAUUUGUCUUUUAUCUUUUUAAUUAAAUACACUAUUUAUUCGGAAAUGUAUAUCUGCUUUGUUCAAUAGUCUAAUUUUGCUAUUGACUGAAUACAUAAUAUUCGUCACUUUUCGAGUAAGGAAAUCCUUUUGAAUGGCAUUCAUCACGAAAAUAGUAGCUUUUAAAUGUUUUUAAAUUAUGGCUUUAAAAUAGUCACUCUAAACAUCCUCUGGUUGUAGGGUUACCUAUUUAUUUGCAAUAACAAUUAAAACAACUGUAAGUAAAUGUACAUAAUUAAUAUUUUAUACUAAAAGAAUAAAGUGACUACACGGUUAAAUCUGAUACGCUAUUUAGAUAGCAUAUAAUCAGUGGACAUGUAGUAUCAUGCAUUUGUAAACCCUUUGAAUUAAAGAUGCUAGAAAAUAAGAACAUCAACUGUCAAAACAAAACAUGAUUUUAAAUUUGGUACGAAGGAUACGAGUAUUUGUACAAAAUAAGUCAUCAUGUUGAAAUAAGAAUAUGUACAAAAGUGCAUUAAUAGUUUCUUUAGACAGCCGUUAUGACAAGGUGUUAGAAGUGGAUACAUAGCGAAUUUCUAAAUUUAGCAGUUAUUUGAGUUACAUUAGUCAUAUAAAAGAUAUGAAUAUCACAUGCUCUGUAUUGAUUAUUUUAAAGUCUGCCUAUUCUUUAGCUUUAUUGUAUAUGUAUAUCUGUUUCGGUGCUAAAUACAGUUACAGAAUAUAUUUCACUGACAAAAGUUAGAACACCUACACUUUUGCUAAACUGAAUUGUAAAACGUAUUUAUUUGAUUGUUUUGAUGUAACCAGGUUAAUACUCUGCUUAAGAAUUAUAAUUAAGUUUUGAUUAAAAAAUACUGUUUUAGGACGUAUCAUUUUCAAAAAGAUUAAAACACUCCAAUCAAUUGAAAUCUAUAGAUUGAAAAUAUUUUUAUGAUUUAAACUUGUGCGUUUUAUAUACACCAUUUCCCUUUUCAAACUUUUACCAGAAAUAGAAAUCGUUGACUCAAAAUGGAGCUAAGUUAUAAUUAAUUAAUAGAUCUACCUUGCAAACCGUGUCGUUUUGAAUUUGUGGACAUCAUAUGGAUUUCUGUGUUGUUUAUGCAAAUGAUUUAUUUAUUGAAUUGUAUUUGUUUAUCAUCUUUAUUAUUAUAAUAAAAAUUAUAUAGACAGUUUUUGUACAAUAAGGUACACUGUAUUAUGCAUGUACACACUUUUAUCAUUGUGUGUUUUCUUACCUAGCUAAGGACAAAAUAUUUUGCGAAUUAACUUGUUGUUGCUGUUGCAUCUGUUGUUGUUUGAGAUAAACGAUUUUUCACAGCGAUUAUGAAGAACCUUAUUUUAGCAAUAUUCUGGUUUUGAAUCGCCACUUCCGAUCAAUUCGGGUUAAGGGUCGUUAAAUCUUCACUUUGUAUAGUUAAAAUGUUUAUCGUACAAUAAUCCCUAAGUAAUAAAAAGAAGAAAAAAAGGACUCUGACAAAUGUGGCACAAGUGACAGAAAAGCAUAAGUAUAGUUUAUUUAAAUCUUUAUGUAGUAGAUAUACAUGAUUUCCAUGUAAAAAAAAAAGAUAACACGUACAUGUAUGAACAUUCUAAAGUUUGACAACUAUACUUGUUGGCAAGAUAACAUUGCCACAAAGAUAAAAGUCGACACUUCGUAAUUAAAUCGCUUAAACAGUUUAUUUUUUAAAAAUCAAAUUAACGAUCGGCUUGAAACAUUGAAAUUCUUCACCUAUUAAAAAUCUAAUCUAAAUUGGUAAGCAUUUUAUAUAUUACUGCAUUUACGAUUAUUCUGAAUCUUUAUAUACAAACAUCUCUGUCAAUCAGCUAGGGAUUCCGCUUCCGGUGUUCAUUCGCAAACGAUUUUCUUGUGAGGGGCCAUAAGGGAUUCUAAGAUUUGCUGCCAACGUGGCAAGCAGAUACCCAACAGCAAGAAGAAACAAGCGCAGGCAUAAUUAAAGUGAGACUUUGAAAUCUAUUAGCGAUCCUCUGUUGUUUUCCCUUUAACUCAGAUACCUGACUGACUGUAAGCGUGUCAAUAUCUACAACAUUGUACGAGUAAAUAAAUAGUACCAGCUGGUUGAAAUAUACUCGAAACCACUGUUAACAACAAAAGUAUUACCAAUAUUACUUUCCGAUGUUUUAUGACAAAAUGCUGUGAUACAACAACAAUGUGUCCCAUUUCGAAUGAUAAAUUUAGUGAUAUCACCAGAAAGCAAAGAGCUAUAGUUUAUUUUGAUGUGCAGAACUAUGAAACAUUUACACAGAUACGUAUUUUAAUGCCAGUAAAGCGCGAUUUAAUAUCGAGCCAGUAACACUGUUGAGCUCCACAAUUCAUUUUUAUAAACAAUGGUAUAAUACGUCUAAAGAGCAAUUCUUAUAUCCUGCAGUGGUGAAACUAAACAGGUUAAAUCAUAGCCUUCUCUUAUGAAUGUCUAUCAAGCUGGAAGGUGGGAAAUAUGCAAACUUUAUAACCUUGCUUUUAUUAAUCAGAGUUUACUUUCUUUUAAUAAAUCUAUAAAACAGUGAUUAUUUUAAUUAGACGAAAGUGUUGUUUAUGAGAUGUAAUAUUGCUACAUAUUUAUGAGAAACAUGUUCAUUACAACGUUACGUUGCUAAGUUUUGUAAUGUACUGCAUGUAUUAUAAUGUAUAUAUAAGGACAUGUGUAAAUUCGAACUUUUUGAUAUUCUUUAAUAAUCGAUGGCAAAAGUGUUAUUGGUUUCACGUUGAGAAACCUGAAUUGCAAUACUUAUUACUAAAUCGUUUUCAAUAUUGCGAGACAAGACAUGAAACGUUAUUUCGGAAACUAUAACAUGAAAAGGGAGAUUACAUGUAAUUUACGGCUUUAAACUAGCUUUAUUUCUACUGAUAUUCUAUGAACCUAUUAAUUUAUAUCUCAAUAUAAAAACGCUUUUGGCCGAGAAAGUUCAAUUUGAACCAUAUAAUUCGUUUCAUAUUGCUUCUUUUGUAUCACUUGUUCUACUUAAAGAUUCAUAAUGCAUAUGUUUAUAAUGUGACUGUCACAUUUUUGUUAUGAGUAUAAAAUAUAUAAAGAUCCUGUAAAAUCCGUUUUUGCAAUAUCUGUCAAAGGUUUGAGUUUUGAUUUACAUUGUUGAAAAUAUUAUUGAUAUAUUAGUUUUCAUUACCUCCCUUUUAUGGCUCUAGUUGAAAAUUUCAUGGGCAGUAUCGAAAUAAGUACUUUCCUAACCAUGUGAUUAUGUAUAAUAUGUAAUUGGACAAGUGUUUCAGCUGCUUAAACCAACAUUUAAAUCCUUAUGGACCUAAAGCCUAGGCUGGUCUACACCAUUUGAAAAAUGUUCAUGUUGAUAAUAGCUAAGGAAAUGUAUGUAUUGUUUCCUUGUAAUGUUCCUUAUAUAGAAUUUACUUUAAAUUUGUUCUGAAAAUGUCUAACUUAUUGAAUAUUGCUGGAAACAAAAGGCAUAUUUUACCGUAUUUAGCACAAAUGGGAAUGAUGUAGUAUCCAGCAAAGCCGAGGAGUACAAAAUAUUUUAACCAUAGGUGCAGCUUCUUUCACAGAAUUUAUGACCAUUUUUGGUUGUGGUUGACAGGUAUGCUCAUAAUGAAAAUUUCAGAUUUGUUUUGAAACUAGAUUAAAAAUUGAUGAUUUCACAUACAUGUAACCGUCAUGUUUGAAGUGUUUUAUUUACGUCAGAUAUUUAUUUCAAUGAAAAACAAAUUGCAAAAUAUUGCAUACAAUUUGGAGAAAUAAUAGUUCUGAAUGGAAAGAUUUACGUCAGUCUUAGGCCAUUUUGGGGCUAAGGUGAACUUUCUUCUUUGCUUAAACUGCGUUUAAAAGUAAACAACAUUAUGUGACAAUGGAAUGUUAAAAACAUGGAAUACUUGCCUGAUUUAUAUAUUUAAUUACCCAUGUUAGCAAAACAAUCGGACUUUAAUUUGAAUCAUGAUUGUAUGUAUGAGUGUUCAGUAUCACGAACGCAAGUAUUUUGGUGUUAUAGGUUUGUUAAUUUGUAUUGGCUGUAAUGCUUCGAAAAUCUUUUAAAUCUUGCCAUGGGAAGCCGAUGACUGUUGAUUAAAGAAGGCAUUUUUAGAUUUCAGUUAAAAUCUUUGCGAACUUUCCUAGAAUGCAGUAAUUAUGAGCUUUUAUGAAAUGUGUGUCUUUUAUAUCAAAUACUGGUUUAUUUGAAUCUUGAGGAGGCUACUAAUAAAAUGAUUUUGAACUGCAAAAAGUAUUCGCCAACACGAAAUGACAACAUAAAGCCUUGGAUCAAUAACUCAGACUUAAAUUCACAAAGUUUUUAACUUAUCAUUUUGUAAAAUGAUUUUGCAUGUAAGGUGAUUUCUCUGCAACUACUGGACCAAAUACCACCAAACUCCUCACACGUACUUGAUUCAUAAAUUUACUAAAUUCAGCUCUGACGGAAAAGUAAUCAAAAUAUACCCGAUUUUUACUGUAAAAAUGGUAAAGCUUUUGUAUGGAAGCUUGUGUCGCUGAAUGGUGUGGCAGUAUUUUGAAACUGUUGCGAACGCCGUCAUUAGAAAACUCUUGUUUUACCAGUGGGUAUCAUGUAUGUGUAUAAUUUCUAUUCCGGAAUGGGUGACUCUUGUGAAAAUCUUAAUAGAUUCUUAAUAAGCCAAAUUAUGAUUAAAUAUGUUUAGAGAGCAAUGUGUACAAAACAAUGACCUAUUUUUUCUAUUUCUUACCCAAAUAUUUCUGAUUGUACAUACGUUUAAUUUAAGCCUAGUUUAUUUACCGCUAGAUCCACUGGACAGAAUUUCAAAAAUUAUUUAGUAUGGUAUUUUUGUAAUUUUAAGAACUUUAGUUUUCUAUUCUUACUUAUAAGGAUACGUUUACACGUAGAAUUUAAUUUAACUUAUGUAUUCAGAACAUUGUAAUUCUAACGGAGUUCACAUCUGUAAGUUCAAGAUCUAACGUCCCCGCAUUUAAAUGUCAUGCUUGGCAAUUAAUCAAUUUUUUUUAGAAAUUAGAUAUUUUAACAACUUGUAUUGUCUGGUUCUUGAGACAUAUAUAGAAGUUCACAAACGUUCUCACUGAAACCUAACAAGAGACCAAUUUCAUGAAACAUUCUUAUAAAAUAUUUACGUUUUGGUUAAAAGUUGUUCACGAAAAUGAUAAUAGAGUAGGUUCACUUUGACAUUUUUUAAAUGUGAAAGAGAAAGCUUGACAUUUAUAUGUGAUACCGGACCCAUUUAGUAAAUGUAUGAAAACAAAUUGUAAACCACAUUAGAGAGAAUGUAAUGUUAAACGGUACUGUAUGUUUGAAGAAAUAAUUAAAUGAUACCUAUCA